AUGGCAAAGAGGAAACCCGAACCCGAACCCGAAAACCCAGAACCCCAGAAAACCCUAAACAGAGGCGAUUCGGCGGAGAGAGAUACCACACCCGAAAACCCAGAAGAGUCGCCGGAAACCCGAAAGUGGUCCCUGAACGACUUCGAGAUCGGAAAGCCGCUGGGCAGAGGCAAGUUCGGUCGGGUCUACGUGGCCCGGGAAGUCAAGAGCAAAUACGUCGUCGCAUUGAAGGUUUUGUUCAAGAAGCAGAUAGAGAAGUACAACAUUCACCACCAGCUGAGGAGAGAGAUGGAGAUUCAGACCAGUCUGAGGCACCCAAACAUUCUGCGUCUCUAUGGCUGGUUUCAUGAUGAGGAGCGCAUCUUCUUGAUUCUCGAGUAUGCUCAUGGCGGCGAGCUUUACGGGCUUUUGAGGGAGAAUACUUGCCUCACUGAGAAACGAGCCGCCACUUAUAUAUUGAGCUUGGCGCAAGCUUUGGUGUAUUGUCAUGAGAAAGAUGUGAUUCAUAGGGACAUAAAGCCGGAAAACUUGUUGCUUGAUCAUGAGGGUCGAUUGAAAAUUGCCGACUUUGGCUGGUCAGUACAGUCGAAAAACAAGAGACACACCAUGUGUGGAACUCUGGAUUACUUAGCUCCAGAACUGGUGCAGAACAAAGCUCAUGACUACGCAGUUGAUAACUGGACCUUGGGCGUUCUUUGCUAUGAGUUUCUCUUUGGUGUUCCUCCCUUUGAGGCCGAAAGUCAGAAAGACACAUUUCAGAGGAUAGUGAAGGUUGACCUGAGCUUCCCUGCCACCCCUCAAGUUUCUGCUGAAGCCAAAGAUCUCAUCACCAAGCUUCUGGUGAAGGACACCUCAAAGAGGCUCUCUCUUCAAAAGAUCAUGGAACACCCAUGGAUUAUUAAGAAUGCAGAUCCUACAGGUAUCUGCAAUAACUAG